AUGGGUGACAAAAUUAAGUACGAUGCUGAUGGCACAAUAGAAAGGUUUAAGUCCAAACUGGUAGCCAAUGGUUAUACCCAGCAGGAGGGGAUUGAUUUUCAUGACACCUUCUCACAUGUGGCCAAAAUAACCAUAGUGAGGACUGUUAUAGCAGUUGUUGCACUCAGAAAAUGGCCAAUCUACCAAAUGGAUAAGUCUCAUUAUGAAGCUGCACUACAUGUUGUGAGGUACAUCAAGGAUCAGCCUGGACUUGGACUUCUUAUGUCAAGCAAUAGUGCAGAAAGUGUUAAGGGAUUAUGUGAUUCAGACUGGGGAUCAUGUCCCAUGUCCAGGAAGUCAAUUACAGGUUUCUGUAUCAAGUUGGGGAGUUUUGUUAUCUCAUGGAAAGUAAAGAAGCAGACUACUAUCUCGAGGAGCUCAGCUGAAGUUGAGUACAGAAGUAUGGCGCAUACAAUGGCAGAGUUGACAUAG